AUGCUCUCAAAAGCCGCACCCCGAACAAUACCCUCUUGCUGUAGAGCAGCAUCAACAUCGUCCAGAGCAAGCCGCAUAGCACAACGAGGCGUACGAUCAGAUGCUGCGGUAGCCUCAUACCAGAGUCGAUCACAGCGGAAACAACAGCACCUCUUCCGAUCAUUACUCGCAAUCGCCGCCGCUGGAGGCGUCGCAUCCCUAACACAGUUCUAUAUCAACGAUGGCCACUUCAUCCGACGAAGUCAAGCCGAAGCACCACCCCAGCAGGAGGAGAACCCAGUCGUAUUCGAGAAGUCGCGGAAGCAGGCAGGCGUGAGCAAAGAGGAGAACAGAGACCUCAUAUCAAGUCAACAUCAUCAAGUGAAGCGGUCAUGGGAGAACCCGGGUGUGUAUGCUUGGGGUAGCAACAGUGGGAGAGUAGUGGCGCCUGAUCUGCCGGCGGAGAGCGUGAUCAAGACGCCUAGAAGGAUAACGUGGUUUGAUGGAAAGCUGUUGCGGGAUGUGAAGCUGGAUCGGAACUUUGGUGCUGCGAUUGAUGAGAAGGGGGAUCUUCUGCAAUGGGGGAAUGCAUUCAAGCCGAAUCUCUCAGAGCCGGAGACGACGUUGAAGGGCAAGAAUUUGGUACGGCUGGCAAUAUCGAAGGACAGGAUAAUCGGCCUGGCGAAGAAUGGCAAGGUGUACAGCAUCGCAGCAUCGGCAGAAGAUCAGAAAGAGGGCACAAAACCAAGCGAGUCGUCUUGGAUACCAUUCUGGAGUUCGAGAAGUCCGAUCGCAUACCGGAGUCUGGCGCCCAAGAAUUUGGCGUCUUCGGAGAAGGUCACGACUGUAGAGGGAGGUCUCGAGCAUGCGGUUAUGCUGACUUCGAAUGGCCGGGUCUUCACUUGCGCAGCUGCGUCAGACUCGUUCCCGAACAGAGGUCAGCUCGGCAUCCCUGGGCUGACAUGGACCACCAGACCGGAAGGACCCUCUGACCAGCUGCAUGAGCUCACCACUCUCAGAGGCUUCAACGUCACCCAAGUCGCUUGCGGCGAUCACCACUCCCUGGUCCUCGACCGCGACGGCCGCGUCUUCGCCUGGGGCGACAAUGCCUCCGGCCAACUCGGCUUCGCCUUCAAUCCCGAAUCCACCACCGUCGACACGCCCUCCCUCCUGCCCCUCCAGAAACUCUACUCCGGCACCUCCCAAACCCCCGCUAUCACCUCCAUCUCCGCCGGCGGCAACAACACCUACAUGACCGUCGACGCCACCAAAGUCGCUCAACAACGCCCCGCCGAAGACGAUCCCCGCGCCAACCGCGGCCUCGGCACCGUCACCGCCGACACCUUCGCCUUCGGAUCAGGCAUCUACGGCCAACUCGCCAACUCCCGCUGGACGCACGUCCAAGCCACGCCCGCCAAAAUCCCCAACCUCAGCGGGCUCUUCGAGUACGACGAGCGCACGAACAAAACCGUGCCCAUCCGCCUCGCGCACCUCUCCGUCGGCGCGACCCACGCCGCCGCCGUGAUGAAGAACAUCACCUACCUCUCCGCCUCCAACAGCACCUCCUCCGACGACACGAACUGGGGCGCCGACAUCGUCUUCUGGGGCGGCAACGAGCAUUAUCAGUUAGGCACCGGGAAGCGGAAUAACCAGAGCACGCCGGUUUAUUUGCAGCCGUUGGAUGCGCAGGCGGAGCUGCAGAGGGCGAAGAAGAGUACGGGCGGGAGGGAGGAGCAUCGGUUCCAUAUUACGCCGCGCACGAUGGCGACGCUUGGGGAUGGGAGGAGAGUGAGUGUGGAGCAGAGGGUGGAGUGUGGGAGGGGAGUUACGGCUGUUUAUAGUGGGACGUAG